GCAGGUCUGUCACAUCACUCUUGCAUCUGGGUUCUCUAGCCACCGGACUUAAGCUUAAGACAUGGAAAGGCUUCGGUGCUGCACUCUAACCCUACUGUUCAUCAUUCUGAUCCUCAACACUUCCAUUUUAUCAACAGAAUCAGCCAGUUGUUGCCUCUCCUACUCCAGAAGGCCAAUUCGGUGCCAGAAGCUGAAAGGAUAUACCAUGCAAGAUAUAACCACCUCCUGUGAUAUUAAAGCCAUCAUUUUUCAUACGGUCGGAGAAAGGUUCAUUUGUGCCGACCCUGCUCGAGAAUGGACUCAUCACAGAAUACAGUGUUUGAAGGAUAAGGCAGCAAGAAUGUCCUCAUCAUUAAUUGCCAAAAAGAAAUAAGAACUUGUUAAUCCACCUGUCAUUGCAUUGCCAGUGUGAGGGUGCAGAAGAGAUGAAAUACCGAUCAAGGCCUAGAGAUCUGUAUCUUUACCCCAUCAACACCUUCACCCGUGCACAAGGAUGAAAAUGGCCCGGGGCAAGGACUCCUCAAUAUCAGUCUUUUCCAACAUUCAUAUGCGUAUCACAUUGAAAUGUGUUUGUUCUUUAUAAAUGUGUUUGUUCUUUUCUAUGAACAGAAAGUGUAUGCCAUAGUAAAAAAAGCAUUUUAUAUGUAUCCUACAAGUAGGAAAAAACAUUUUAUAAUAUGUAUUUUUAUUUUUCAAUUCUUCAAACUUUCAUAUAAAGAUGUAUUUGUGAUUCAUGCUGUAGUGCCAUGGUACCAUACCAUAUAAUGUGAAGUUGUCAUGACAAACUGAAAGUUAUAUUAAUCAGUAGUGUGACAGGCUAUUUAGGGUCCUGGCAGCUCUACAAAGAGGUAGUGAUGACUCCUACUUUAGGCUGCAUAACAAGCCCAUUUACAAUACAUGUAUUGGCUUUGGAAUUGGCAUUAUUAAAUACAACUGUGAGGUUAGUAUUGCAGUGCAGGUGACCAUUUAUUCUGUUGUUGCAUUGUUUAUCUCAAAAUGACCAAGCUACCCUGAUUAUGUCAGUGUCGGCAUAUCUGUUUUAUUUGUUUAAUUUUCUUUGUCACUUUUUUUUUGUAAGACCUGAAUGAAUAUUUCCGGACCAGAUCAGAUGUCAGCUGAAUCUACAGUUUGAUGCAAAAGAAUGGGCACCGCUCUGAGGUUGCAUGUUAAUUUGCUCUUUUGUCUUUUGUUAAAUGGUCUUUAUAAGAAAGUAUCCUAGCAAUAUGUCAUUCAUUUUCUAGAGAAAGCUGGAUUGAGCAGUAUUUAGUUGUAUGAAAUAAAAUCGAAUGUGAAAAAUAGGUUGUGCAAAAA